GGAGAAUGGGAAAUUUGAUCUUACUGGAUUUAAUUUUUCUUAUUUUUCAUUGUCUGAUGAUGAUUUUGAGAGUGUGAAAGUACCUAAGAGGCAGUUAGACAAGGGUGAGUUUUCAGGUGUUAAGGAAAAAGUUACUGUUGGGGGUCCUAUGUUUGAUGAUGUUAAACAUUAUGUGAUGCGUAUUAUCAAUAAGCAAUCUGAGAUUGGGAUUUCUUUGAAGGAGUUGAGGAAGGAUAUUGAUGAUAAGUUUGUUCAAUUUGAGAGUAAAAUGAAGGCUCACAUUGAUUCUAAAAUUGAAGAGGGUUUGGUUUUGUAUUUGGAUAAGAAGUUUUCAGAUUUAAAUGAUGUAUUGGAGGGUUUGAAAGAUUGUGUUACUAGUCAGAGGUAUGAUGAUCAAAAUGGUGGUGAUGGGAGUGAUGAUAGUGGUGGUGCGGAAGAUGAUGGAAGUGAUGGCGGUGAUGGCGGUGAUGGCGGUGAUGGCGGUGAUGACUGUGAUGACUGUGAUGGCAGUGAUGACAGUGGUGAUGGUGGUGAUGGGGACGAUGAUAAUUCUGAUUCUGGGAAACUUGAUGAUAUUGAUGUGGAAAAUGAGGAUGAUGGUGAGGGUAAUGGUGCAGCUGUUGAUGAUUUGGGUGGUGUUAAAGAUGAUGGUGCUGAAGUUUAUAAGGUGUUUUUAUAUUUUUUUUUUAAAUGUAUUAUUAUUUGUGUUUUUAGGUUUUAUUAUAUAUUUGUAUCUUUUUGCUGUCUUUUUUCAGGAAAUAAGACAAAUAUCAGAUGUUGUUGUUAAUGAAGUUGUUGAUCAGG